UUGUUUACAUGGUCUAUUUCCGGUUCGAGGUUAAUUUGUUUUGCAACUUGUGAGGUUUCCAGUUCACAUCUGUAGAACUCUAUACCCUUCUGGUCAACAUUAAUCGUUUAUUUGUCAGUUUGUACGUUAAUGAAUUAAGGUAAUUCACAGGUAGCCCCAUACCUUUAACUUCCACUUUACAGUGCCCAGACGCCUGUUGGUUUGCAUCUUAAAAGAAGCUAACAGUAACGUUAGCAGAGCAGCUGCAGGGAUGGCGGAGAUUCCCGGGACAUCUAGUGAGACAAUAACGGAGACUGUUCAGACAAACACACCACCGCCGCCACAACAGGAGGGACGAAGCUUGACAAUCAAGCUAAGGAAGAGGAAGACUGAGAAAAAGGUGGAGUGGUCCAGUGACACAGUUGAUAAUGAGCACCUGGGAAGACGAUCAUCUAAGUGUUGCUGUAUUUAUGAAAAGCCCAAGCAGUUUGGAGAGUCCUCUUCUGAAAGUGAGGGAGAGGAUGACGAUGAAGGGUGUGGAAGUGCUAACUGUAUCCUGGGCCACAGCAGGAAAGGACACGGACAAAGGCCUGAUGGGGGUACCACAGCACCUCCAAACUCUGGAGAAACGCACAGCCAUUAAAAUAAAGUGUGUCUUUAGGGGAGGGGUUACAUAUUCCAAACUGCACUGUUGUUUUAGUUUGGUUUCCUCAGAGAGCUACAGACAAGCCUGAAGUCAGAAAGUUCCAGCUGCUGGAGCACAGCUUCGACCUCUGUACUCUGCUCAAAACUGGAGAGUUUCCUGAUUGGGUUGUUACUAUAAAAUCUUCUUAGAUCCUUUUCCCUCAGCAGACCAGGAGUUUGAAAGGAGUAGCUCAUUUGAAACCAUAUCGUAAUUAAAUGAUACAUGAUAGUUGUCAUUCUGCAUGCUCUUUAACACAAGAUACAAAUUUUUGCUCAGUUUAACCAAUCUCAGCAGGAACAAAAGGCACACUUGAUAGACCAGAUUUUCUGGUAGAAUAUUUAUUUUUCUCUUUCCAUGAAUUUUGUCCUUGCUAGAUUCUUUAUCCAUUAUAUUUAAAAAUACAUUUGCCUCAAAUGUUGUCAAUUGUGUGGACAUGAUGAAUGAAUGACUUAUUCUGAAAAACUUUUUUCAUGUAAAGGAGUUAUUCUGAUUGUAAUAUGUUGAACACAAAACUGAGAACGUUCAGUCACUGUUCAGCACAUUAGUUCAUGCAGUAUUUUACUUUUAACUGUGAUGCUGCAAAUCUCUGAAGUCAUUUUCUGACUUUAGUAAACUGAUAAUUAAACUGUUUCCAAACCACAGUGGUGUGCACAAAAGUUUGUUUUGUAAUACUUCCCCUGCAAAGUUAUUAUAAUCGGAUUGCACAUCUAAAAACCCACUCUGUCAUUUCAACAAAAAUAUUAAGUCGUGCUGCACUUCUCCAGCAGCUCUUUGAACCUUCUGACUGCUAGUUGUCUUUGAAACAAAGCAUGAUGGCCUGCAGGUAAUUGACCAUUAUACACCACAUAUUGCUUUUUAAUUAGUUAUAUUUAUUUGUUGGUCUCAGUUUAUGCUGAUUUUUGACAUGCAGUCCAUUAGAAUUUGAUGUUGAUUUGCUUUACAAACUUUACACCAGCGUGGGAGAAUUGGAAAAUUGGACACAAACCUAUUAAUAUUGUGAUCAGUUCAUGUUGUUCUUUGUCCUCUACAAUUAUAAAUCCAUAAUAUUACCAGGAGCAAAGUGGGCUUUGUUGUCCUGGCCAAGAUCAAAUCUCCCUGGAUACUUUCAGUAUCCUCAAAAAGAUGUAAAUCUUAGGUAUUCACUGUUCUACAAGGCACUGCUCUUAUUUGUUAACCUUAUUAACGUGAUUUAAUUUCUGAUUACCAGAUUUCCUGUGACUGCUGUCAUAGUAACUAGAUCAUGAACUAAAAUAUCCAAAUGGGCAGCUGUUAGGGUAAAGAUCACUGUCAUUUGUGACUAAGGUUGUGUAUAUUCAAAUUUUUUCCAAUCCAACCAGUACACCGAAGAAGACUUUUCAGUUGCAUCAAUUCAUAAAGAUCUGUAACUGCAACUGAAGAGCUUUAGGAAAAUUUGAAAAUACGUUGGCAAGUUAAUCUCCUAAAUUUAGACCAGAACACUGGCUUUCCCAUCACUAAUGACAAUCUAUUUUUCAGUUUUACAAUAAAAAUAUUUUUUAAUAGAGAAAAAUGAUUGGACAUAUCUUUUUGUUUUGUAUACAUACAUAUACUUUUGUGAUGAUAAAAUGAAACAAUCUAUGGUUAAUUCAGUUUUACCUACUGCUAUAAUGUCUGCUUAUAGACCAACCAAAUUCACACGUCAGUGUUUUCAUACCUGCUGUAGUUGGCAUAUUGCAUUGUUUUUGUAAAAUCCUAAAUUAUAUUUAUCAGCCCCAAAUAUCAAGUGAGCUUCUCAAUAGUUUGUUUAUAAUAGAUGAAAAUAUACUGUCAUUUUAUAACCAUAUUACUAUGUCGGUCAUAAAUGUAGAUCUUGAUUUGAAUUCUCAAUUAUAGGUCCUUUCUGAUAAGAUUCAGAGGGAAUUUAAGAUCCAGUAUUCAUGUUAGUUUUAAGUGGGUGCAAGACGAUUAGCUGAAUAUUUUCUUAAAUGAUACAAGUCGUGACUGCUUCUCAGAGACGAGUCACUGAUUGGGCAAUUAGGGUUUUUUAUGUUGUCUUAUAGGCCCAAAUCUUUAAAGUAACAGUAAUAUCACAUGCAGAAAAACAGUAUCAGCAUAAAAUGGCAGAGACAAACAGAUAAUGGCUAUUUCUUACAUUCCAGUAAGUUUUUAGUUUCUUGAUAAUAUUGUAUUAAACAUGGUUUAUAUGGCUCAUCUCUUUAAAAUGUAAAAAUGUUCUGUUUUAAACUAAUGUGAUGAAGGGAGGUCUAACCUAAUACAUUUAAACAAAAGAAAUCCCAACUGCAAGGUCUGUCGGUAGGCAACUAUCAUUAAAUUAGCAUUUUGUACAGUGUUAAAAUUCUGAUACCAUUGAAUGUGAGAAUUCAUUGUGUCCACCAAACAGUUUAACAGGCUUUUAAUUAGGAAGAGGAAGAGUUUUUUUUUUUUUGUGAAGGACUUGUUUUUUAAAAACUGCUGUAUAUUUUUUAAGGAAAAUCAAAGAAUGGGUGAGCAGGCAGGAUGUCUGUUCUGUUGAUGCAAAAAAAAUUCCCUUCUGGAAUGAUGAACUGGCAGAUCCCAUCAGUCAGUUGGCUGCAGAUAAAUACUCUGCACUUCUAUAAACCUAAUGAUUAAGGGUGAUUGUGGGUUUAGUACUGUGCUUUGCAAUUAAUGGGUUUUAUUACUCGGACUUGGAAGAGCAAAGAUCAUUCAUUGUUUUAGUUGAAGGUCACCUGCCAACCAGAGUGAACCUUUGUAACUCAGUCACAGGUAAUGCUGCAUUCAGAAUAGGUCUAUGACUGCUGCUUUGUUUCUCAGCUGUGACUCAGCUGUGAUCAUUAUUAUUUUCAUCUUUGCAGUUUGGUAUGUGAUGCUAUGUUGGUUUAUUUUUUAUCACCUUCUGUACCAUCUCUACACACUGACUUUAGUACUUAUGUACAUUAAUCUCAUACUGGUAACACACCUUUCUGUAUAUACUGUUAGCAAAAUGAAGCAAAUGUGAAAUAAAGUUUUGAACUGUGA